UAAAACACUUUUAUCGCUGGUUACGUUACUUAACAAUCCAGGUCCAUCUUCAGUACAUUCAGUCUUGAUAUCUGUCUCAGUAAUGAAAACCGAAACGAUCGUUGUAUCAGUAGGUUCCCUGUUAUGGAUCAUUAUCACUUCUCAGAUAAAUAUUUUUCUAACUUGUUUAAAAUACUUACACUAUUUCUACUUUUGGUAUCUCUUCUAAUAUAGUCGUGAUAGAUUCCAACUUAAGAUUCGAUUGACGUAUUUUGUUAACAAAAAUUGAGGCGGCCACCAUAUCUUGUUUGCAUUGUUUGCAAUACAAACUAUUCUUAUUAUCAUCAGAUAGCUAGAGGAAAAUAAUAUGAUUGAAAUCACACCAUCAUUCAGCUUGUGCAAAAGCAAGCAUACCUUGAGUCUAAAACAAUCCCAAAUUAUUUGUGCAGCCGAACAUCCAUCAAACAAUGGUUCUGAUAAUGAGGACAUCUCCGUCAGGGUCUGAGGUUGACCACAAAUUUGACAAUGGAGGUUUUCGUUCAUUGUGAACUACAUGAAACAAGAGAGCGAUGUGCAGACUGUUUAAAUUCCAGUAUUCCAGUGUAGACGGUAACUUUCAAACACACCCAUAGUAUUAUUUCACCGAAGUUGGUUAUAUGUAUGAAUAUACAAUAAAUGCUGAUAGAUUUAUUUCAUGCAUAACAAACGUUACAUGUUAUUCCCCUAGUUCUGCACUACGUAGAAAUGAACAAAAACUAUUUAAACUCACAACUAUUAUAUGAUUGGUUCAACUAGAGAAUCAACAAUUUUGACAGCUUUGGGAAACUGGAAGGAAGAAGAUAGAAUGCAAGCAAAACAUCAAGUUAUUAUUGCCAUUGCAGUAUUCAGACGAUCUCCAAUACAUACAAGAGUUAGGAUGUAAACGAAAGAUAAACCUACAUUACCUACAAGUGAAUUGAAAUUAUUUAAUUGAUUAUUUAAACAACGUAGAGAGUUUAAACAUGAAUACGGACGGAAGGGUAUGCAGAAUCUGUGCUAAACCGCAGAAGGUAGCGUCAAAAAUGUGGUCCUUAUUUGAAAAAUUGAAUGAAAAGUGUCCUGCGGCUACAAUUAUCUACGAUUGCUUCAAGAUUACGAUUCGACGUUACAAAACUAUGAACAGAAUAUGUACACUCUGCAAAUCUGACCUCAAAGCAGCACAUCGAUUCGUGGAAAACCUGCGAAUUUCGGAGUUACAAUUAAAAAAUGCUUCGACUAACGAGAAAACAAUUGGAGUCGCGGAGGACCAACAAACUUCUGCUUUCGUUGCGGAACUUAAAAUAAAAACCGAAUUAUUGGAAGAAAAUAUAGAUAAUGAAUACGAAGAUGAAGAUAAUCCGACAAAUUACGAUUUCGAUACAAUUCAUAGAAGCCGACAAGACCAACCAGCCGAACGACCUAAAAAAGAACUCCCAAAGAAGUUAAAUCUUGUAAAAGAAAUUCAAACAAAAUCAACGAAACUAAAAGAGCAGUACGCUUCCCCUAACUGGUCAUCCGAAGAAGACAAUAAUUCUCCGGAAGAAAAUGAAGCAGAUCCAGCGCCUAAGCGGCUGUAUUAUGGCGUUAAGUCAAACUCCGCUCCGAAACGAUGUUGUUCAUGUAAGGAACCUUUAGACAGCUACGAAAAAGUCCGAGAACAUUCCGUAACGUAUCAUCAAAGCGACCGCUUGAGCAACCCGAAGGAAUAUGGGAAUAGGAUUUUCGAGUGUUCAGUAUGCUUUAAAAGAUUCGAAACAAAAAAGUUAUACCUGCAGCAUCAACGAAAGAUGUUUGUCGAUGUGCUGCAUCCAUGUUCACGAUGCGAAGAGGAGUUCGCCAAUUUGUUCGUACUUAAAAAGCAUAUUAAAGUCGAUCACCAGAAAAAAUUCAUCACAACUGAAUUGGAAGAAAUUAGGAAAAGGGAGAAUAUAUGCUGCGCUUGUAAAGAGAAGUUCAUUACGCAAGAUGAGCUCAGGGAACAUGUUGAAAAAGUACACUACCCCGACCGAAUUUUCAACGAAACAACCAACACGUUUGAGUGCAACGUAUGCUACAACCGGUUCAAAACCCAGAAAUCCCUCAGACAUCACCAGCUAAGACUUUUCAAGGAGAAGAAAUUUGUUUGCACACUUUGCGGAAAGGUUUUCAGAGAGAAAGUACGACUUGCGGAGCAUGAAAAUUUGCACCGAAAAAUUACUAAAUUUGAAUGUCCAUUUUGCGCAGCUAAAUUUGCGAUUAAGAAUUCAUUUGAUGUACACGUGAAAAUGCACGACGCUGAAGAAUGCUUCAAAUGUGAAUAUUGUGGAAAAGGUUUUCGUAAAAAGAGCCUUCUGCUCAGUCAUUUGCAAAUUCACAACAGUGAUCGACCGUUCAAGUGCCAUCUAUGCCCGAUUACGUUUACCAGACAAAACCUGCUGGAUUCGCACAUUCUAGCACACUCUGGAUCUAAGCCACACAAAUGUCAGCUAUGCUCUGCCUCGUACAUUCAUCAACGUGAUCUUCGCCGGCACAUUCGCGAAAAACACGAAGGGAUCCGAAGCUUCAAGUGCCACAUUUGCCCUAAAGCGUACAUCAGGCAAAAGCUCUUGAUUGAGCACCUGAAAUCACACGAAAAUUGACGAUGGAUUAAAUAUGUACCUUUAAUAAAAUAGUCGAAAUACAAGAAUGACUCAUA